AUGGAUGGAGACCCGGCUGUUGAGAAUGAGCUCGACUCUUUCAGUCGUACUCUUCCUUUACCCUAUAGAGUUGCAUUGACCAUUGUGUUAGGUGUAUGGGCUUGGGGCGCAAACCUUCAUUAUCUUUCAAUUAUAAAAAUUAACGUUCCAUCACUCAUACAAUACCCACAACGAGCUUCUCCCCGCACCGAUCCUCCGCAUCAUCUGUCUGCCUAUCGACUUGCGACAUUUCUCACAUUCCCCCUCGUCCUUUCGAUCCUCCUCUUCUGGACUCUCUCCCACCGUGACCCAGCUCUAGUAAUCUACUAUGACUUUCUUCCAAUAUCUUACAUAUGUCUCCUGUUUCUCGCCUUGUUCCUUCCCUUCCGCCACGCAUCCUAUUCUGGCCGUCUACAUUUUCUCUCCGCCCUUAAGCGUGUCUCAAUCGGAGGCAUUGCUCUCCCCAAUGAAGGAAAAUUUGGCGAUAUCCUCCUCGCUGAUGUCCUCACCUCAUAUGCGAAAAUUAUAGCCGACCUUUUCGUCUCCUUUUGCAUGUUUUUCACCCCUUCUGGUAGCGCAACAUCGCGACCCGACCGUGGCUGCGGCGGACAAUAUCUCGUCCCUAUCAUGAUCGCGAUACCCUCACUUAUUCGUUUCCGACAAUGCAUAAUCGAAUAUCUAAGAGUUAAGAAUUCGCGUUCAACGACCUCUGGAUGGGGCGGCCAACACUUAGCCAAUGCGCUCAAAUACUCUACAGCCUUCCCCGUUAUAAUCUUCUCCGCUAUGCAGCGAAACCUCUCAGUAAAUGAAACCUCAAUAAACAUCACUACGACAACACUCUAUCGGCUCUGGCUCAUUAGCGUCCUCGUGAAUUCUCUCUAUUCCUUUUACUGGGACAUAGCCAAAGAUUGGGACCUCACCCUCCUCAACCCUUCAUCAAAAAAUACCACUUCCUACCCCCUUCGACCCCGCCUAUAUCUUCCCUCACAAGAUCUCUACUACAUCGCCAUCUUCCUUGAUUUCAUCCUCCGUCUCACAUGGUCUCUCAAACUCUCUCCUCACCUCGACCAUUUUGCCGAUUUUGAAAGCGGCAUUUUCUUAUUAGAGAUAUUGGAGGUGGCUCGGAGAUGGAUGUGGAUAUUUUUGAGGGUAGAGACGGAAUGGGGGCGAGAGAAGGAGAAAGGAAAUGCGAGUGGGUUGCUAGGAGGCCCGGGGGUUGACGAUGUUCUGUUGGGGAACUAUAGAGAUGAGGAGGAUUUCAGUGAUUGA